CGACAUGGUACAGCCCCAGGCAGACAUGGCCCUGCAGUGGGAGAUGGCAGGGGAAGAGGGUAACGUUGGUCUUCAGGUUCCUGCUGAGCUGGCAGCCAAUGAGGUGGUGACUAGACUACUGGGAGACAACCAGCAGCUCCGUGUGGCGCUGCAGCGCAGCAACCAGGCCCUGCGUCAGCGCUGCGAGGAGAUGGAGGAAUGGCAGCGAAGGUCUAGAGAAGAGAGAGACUUCCUCAGCUGUCGUUUCCAGGAGGCCCGGGCGCUAGUGGAGAGACUGGCCAGGGAGAACCAUAGCCUCACCAGCCUGGCCAGCCCCUCUAGCCCCUCCAACCCUGGAGCGAACCAAGGCCUGCUGGUCAACGGCCCCAUCCAUGGCUCGGAGACCAACGGACCUAUGGCAUCCUCUCUGCCUGUAGGAGGAGGAAACAACUUUCUCCAGCUGCUGAAGAGCCACAAAGAGGAGUUGGAAGAAGGGAUGAGAGAUCUGAGGAGUAGGAAUGAAGAGCUGGAGAAAGAGAGGGACGAGGGAGAGAGAGAGAGAGACUGCCUUCGUCGCUCGGUUGAGCAGCUCCGAACCAAACUGAGUUGUGGCGUUACCGAGGAAACGGUUCAGCGUUCCGAUGCCCCGCCCUCCUCUGACAGCUCCCACCUGGCCAAACUCACAGAGCAGCUUCAAGCCACGCAGGGCAGGUACAGGGAGCUGCAGGAGCAGUUAGAUUCCCUCCAGAAGAGUUCAGCUCAGAGAGACAGAACUGAAGUGCUUCUUAAACAGAAAGACAAGGACUGUACCCAGCUGGAUAAGGAUGUCGAGGCGCUGAAGGCCCAGGUGACGUCUCUCCUGGGAGAGCUGAGAGAGAGACAGAGCUGUUUGGACCGGAGCCAGCAGGACCGCAACAUCCUGGACGACAGGCUGAGCAGUACUCGGGAGGCGUUGGCAGCAUCAGAGAGAGAGAUGGAACAACAGAGGAAGCAGCACUCUGUGACGGUAGACAAACUACUGCUGCAGACACAGAACCUGGAGACUGCCCUGAAGACUGACCGCCUGGUUAUUACUGAGGAGAGGAGGAAGCUUGCCCAGCUGCAGCACGCCUACACCUGUCUGUUUAAGGACUACGACUCCAAACUCAAGACUGAGGGAGGAGACAUGGUUGUUCGUCUGGAGGAGGCAGAGAGAGCUCUGGCUCUGAAACAGGAUCUGAUUGACAAGCUGAAGGAAGAGGUGGAGCAACAGAGAGGAUCUCUAGAGACCGUUCCUGUUCUCACUGCCCAGGCUGAGAUCUACAAGGCAGACUUCCUAGCGGAGCGGGAGGCCAGAGAGAAGUUGAACCAGAGGAAGGAGGAGCUUCAGGACCAGCUGAACACAGCACUGGCUGAGAUGGAGCGUCUGAAACAGGAGGGGACCUCACGGGCUCGGAUGGAGAAGAUGCAGCAGAGACACCUGGAGGUCUUCAGACCACCACGACCCCACAUCACCCCCCAAUCAGGGAGUGCCUUUAACUCCUCCUCCCGCAGCGUGGGAUUGUCUGCAGAGGGAGUGGCUGGUGGCGGGGCUGAAGAGCUUCCUGACUACCGCUGUCCAAAGUGCCAGUACCAAGCCCCCGACAUGGACACACUGCAGAUACAUGUCAUGGACUGUAUCCAGUAACACACACACACUUAGACAGAUGUUUGGGGGGGCUGAAACAACAGUAGCUCAUCAGCAUGAUGACAUCAUUGUCAUAGACCCCUUCCCAUCCCUCUCUCCAUAUACAGUCCCCCCCACACCUCCCUCCAUAUCCUCUCUUUAUCUCUCUCUAUCCCUCUCUACCAUAUACAGUCCCCCCAC